AUGGAAGAGCUUACGGCGUUCGUGUCCAAGUCGUUCGAAGCUAAGAGUAAAGAGAGCAGCAAGGAGGCCAUCACGUACCGGGAGGUUCUGGAGACGUCCGGCUUAGCUCGGCCGCGGGAGCUGGGCAGCCCCGCCGAGCAUGACUUCAGCGAGGGCGCCCAUUGCCCGCUGCACGCCUAUAAGGAGCAUGUGGAGCUGGACAAGGACAAGCUCAAGGACUUCCACGUCACGCGGCCCUCAGAAGGCAUUUACGAGUGCAGCAAAGACAAGAAAGAGGAAGUCAAGUCGGAGGACGAGGACGCGCAAGGCAAGCUGAAGCAGCGCAGAAGUCGCACCAACUUCACGCUGGAGCAACUCAACGAGCUGGAGCGUCUUUUCGACGAGACCCAUUAUCCGGACGCCUUCAUGCGGGAGGAGCUCAGUCAGCGCCUCGGGCUCUCCGAGGCCCGCGUCCAGGUUUGGUUUCAAAACAGAAGAGCAAAAUGUCGAAAACAGGAAAACCAGAUGCACAAAGGGGUCAUUUUGGGCAGCGGCAGUCAUCUGGACGCCUGCAGGGUGGCGCCCUACGUUAACAUGGGGGCCCUCAGGAUGCCCUUUCAACAGGUUCAAGCGCAGCUCCAGUUGGACGGCGUGGCCCACUCCCAUCCCCACCUGCACCCGCACCUGGCCGCCCACGCCCCCUACCUGAUGUUUCCGCCCCCUCCCUUCGGACUACCGAUCGCCUCGCUGGCCGACUCGGCCUCGGCGGCGGCGGCGGUCGCCGCGGCCGCCAAAAGCAACAGCAAGAACUCCAGCAUCGCCGACCUGCGACUCAAGGCAGGACUUCUGCGGGGCCAGUGGCUCAGUCCACUCCAGGCACAGAUCACAUCCCAGGGACCGUACAAACACAUGUGGAUGUCUGUCUGA